AAAUCAUUCGUUGAGUGGCACUGCUCCCAGCGAGACGCUCCAGAGCGUCUAUAAAUACACCGCAGAACUAACGGGGCGAAAAGAUCGCGCGCCGCGAGUUAUAAAACAGCGAUUAGAAGAAGUGCAUCCACCACGUGGCUGGUGGUCAAUUGAUUGUACGGAUAUACAUACAUAAUAUCACACACAUUAUGACCAGCCAGAAGGAGGGAAAUGGAAACAGGCCGAGCGAUCCCAAGACCAAUGGCCAUGCGGAUGCGGAGGCGGCGACGCAGACGGCUGGUGGGGAUGACGACAACUCUCUGGAUGCGAUUCUAGUCCGAAUCGGGCAGUUCGGGCGCUAUCAGAUCAUCAACUAUGUUCUGCUCUGCGUUCCCAUGCUCUUCAACGCCUUCUUCUCCAUAUCCUAUGUUUUCACGGCGAGCACCGUUGUGCACAGGUGCACUGUUCCGCAGUGCGAUAGUCCCAGCAGCGUGUAUGAAGAGGACUGGCUGGGCUUCACCAUCCCCAAGAAGAACUCCGCCUGGGACGACUGUCAUCGGUACGCCACCAACCUAUCGGGGGCUAUCUCGGGAUACACGGACCCAUCUGGACAAUACUGCCUCAAGGAGUACUUCACUGUUACGCCGGAGACCUGUGGACGCGACUUCAAGUUCAGGGACGAGGAAAAGACCAUAUCAACGGAGUUUGGAAUAUACUGUGAGGACGAGUGGAAGCUUUCCAUGGUGGGCACUAUCAACAAUGUGGGCCAAUUCGUGGGCAUACCCCUGGGAGGAUACUUUGCGGAUCGAUACGGACGACGCACCAUGCUAGCUGUAGCCGGAUCCCUGAGUGCUCUAAUGGGCGUGAUCCGGUCGCUGUCGAGCAACUACUCCAUGUUCCUGGUGUUCGAGUUCCUGGACAUGGCCGUGGGUAGCACCCUCUUCCCCACCGCCUUCCUGCUGGCAAUCGAGCUGGUUGGUCCGAAGAGGCGAGUGGCUGCGGCCACAAUCAUCACUAUCUUCUACGCGCUGGGCGAGGCCUUCCUCGGAUUCCUGGCUUCCCAAGUGCAGCACUGGCGCUGGCUGCUCCGGGUGCUGUACGCUCCGGCUGUGCUGCAGAUCCUAUUUUUGUGGAUCUUGCCGGAGAGCGUCCGCUGGCUGCUCAGCCAGGGUGCCGAGGAGAAGGCGUCCAAUGUGCUGCGACGGGCGGCGCGGAUUAACAAGCGGCCGCUGCCGGAGGAGCAAGUGAACGAUCUCUUGACCAGCAAUCGACAGAAGCUCAGCCAGGCCAACGAGAGCCAGUAUCCAAUAAUGCGAGCCGUGGUCUUUUUCUCGCUGCGGAUAGCCAACUGUUGCCUUUGCUGGUUCACGCACACGCUGAUCGCCCUGGGUCUUAGCCUGAACUCGGUUAACUUGGGCGGCAACAAGUACACCAACUUCAUGCUGAACGGUUUCAUCCAGAUCCCUGGCCUGCUGCUCCCCUUGGUCAUCAUGGACCGCGUCGGCAGGAGGCAUUCCCUCUGCGCCUCGAUGCUGCUCUGUGCCAUUUGCAUGGGCGCCUCUGCCGCAGUGCCAGCAGAUAACUACGCGGGCUCUCUUACCCUGUUCCUAAUUGGAAAGCUGGCCAUCACCUGCAGCUUCCAGAUCUUGUACUUCUUCACCUCGGAGAUCUUUCCCACCAACGUGCGAAACACCCUGUUGUCGCUCUGCUCCAUGGUGGGACGCAUAGGAUCCAUGCUGGCCCCACAAACCCCUCUACUGGCCAAGUACUACAUUUACGCCCCGCAGAUCCUGUUCGCUACCUUCGCCCUGAUCAGUGGCUUCCUGACCCUGGCCUUUCCCGAGACGGCGGACAAGGUGCUUCCAACGACCAUGGAGGAGGCACGCGACUUGAACCAGGCCAAGCGGCGUGGUGAGAAAGCGUCGUGAUAUCCGUGAUAUUUUUUUUAUCAGCAUUUAGCAACCUUUUUAAGUCUUAGAAGCCAUUUUUUAGUUUUGUUAGUGUGUUUGUUUGUUUUAUAUGUAUACAUCGGGAGUCUCCUCCUUUCACAAGUUGUACUUAUCUAUGUAUGUAUGUAGGUUUAAAUUUAUUGCGCGUGCAUAAGUAUCUCUGUCGAUCAAUGCAAUUAUUUUAUUUAUGAGUAAGUAAUAAAAUUGAACUCCCCUCGGAUUUGGUAAGCGUA